CAGGUACUGUUCUUGAAAAGAAGAGAAAGCAUGGCUUACACAGUGAUUGAACCUUAAGCUCCUGGAUCAAAAACUGAGGCUUUUUUCAUGAAGGAUGGCAACACCGUAUGUUCCUGUUCCUAUUCCUGUUGGAAGUUCAUCAUCUAGCUUUACAAACAGAAACCAAAGAAGCUCUUCUUUUGGGAGCAUCUCGACGAGUUCCAGCUCCUCAAAAGGACAGCUGGAGGACUCUACAAUUGGUAGUUUUAAAAAGAUGAGUGUGCCUGACCAGAUUGGUUCUACGUCAUCUGUGUGUAGUAGCCCACUUGUUAGGACUAAAUUUACAGGUUUGGAUACAUCCAUAGAAUACUGUACUCAGCCUGUAGAAGAAAUAGAGCAGAAUGCAGAUUCCAGAAGCUGGGAAGAUCGACCGUCUACGCCUACUAUACUGGGUUAUGAGGUGAUGGAGGAAAGGGCAAAAUUCACUGUAUACAAAAUACUGGUAAAAAGAAGUCCAGAGGAAAGUUGGGUUGUUUUCAGACGGUACACUGACUUCUCCAGGCUUAAUGACAAGCUAAAAGAUAUGUUUCCGGGCUUUCGAUUGGCCCUCCCACCAAAGCGCUGGUUCAAGGAUAAUUAUAAUCCUGACUUCUUGGAAGAUCGACAGUUGGGACUACAAGCAUUCCUCCAGAACCUAGUAGCUCACAAAGAUAUUGCUAACUGUCUUGCAGUGAGAGAAUUUCUUUGUCUGGAUGAUCCUCCAGGUCCUUUUGACAGUCUAGAAGAGAGCAGGGCUUUCUGUGAAACUCUGGAGGAAACAAAUUACCGUCUACAAAAAGAACUGCUUGAAAAACAAAGGGAGGUUGAAUCGCUGAAGAAAUUGUUAAGUGAAAAGCAACUUCAUAUAGAUGCUAUUGAAAGAAGAAUUAGGGAUUUAUCUAUAGGAAAAAUGACUCGUCAAAUGUCAGGAGAAGAAAGUGAGUGCAGUGGUGAGGUGGAGUCUUCUGCAGUAGAAGCAGACCAGGGUACCCUGGGUGAAGACAGCUGCUCAGAUAAAGAGAACCAAGAGGCAUGCUGGAGUGGCUCUUUGCCUGAAAAUUCUGUACCAGAAAUUGAAGUUGCUGAAGUAGCGUAUACCACUGUUGAAGAAGAAUAGAUCAGUAGCAGCUGCUGUUACCUGGGAAAGGUUCAUGUUUGUGACACACUCCGUGGGGAGAGGCAUAGACUAGCUGUGAAGAAAUUACAGCAAAGAGCAAGAAUGCACAUGUUGAAUGUUUACAUAAAUCCUUACAAAUUAUUAGUGUAAGAAAUAUACCCAGUGCUGCUUUGAUUUCAGUUUUUAUGUAGCCUUUAUAUAUUUAAUAUAUUAAAGUUUAAUAAGGGCUAAAAUCAGCUAAGGUUUAGAUAGUGUACAUACACAAUUUGGCUGAGUUUCCUCGCAGAGUGACGAAAAGUUCACGUUAAAUCGCCAAACGCCUAACUAGCAUAUCAUAUGUUGCCACUGAUGUGACACAUUUGAUAUGUUCAUCUGUUUGGUAUUUGUUUUCGUUAUUCUUAUAGUCAUAAACUAAUGCUUGUUGAAGUAAAAAAUGGACUCAUCUUACAUUUAAUAAGAGUGUAGAAUGUGUUGGUUUUUAAAUUGUAAAGUUGAAGAAUAUUUCUCUGGAAAUUUUAAUGCAAUACAAUAGGAAAAUUUACAGUACCAAGAGAAAAGUACUUAUAAAACAGGAUUAUAGUUGGACAUUUUAAAAUAAAGGGUCAUUUUUGCUGAAGGAACUAAUAUGAGACCCCCAAAACACUGUGUAUUUUCAUCCCAAGAUAGCAUGCUGUAAUACUUUCUGUUCGGUAAUGCUGCUUUUAAAAUCUGGGAUACCUUUGCUACAUACCCAUGUAACAACAAAAUCUGUGAGUUUGCCUUUUACUUGGAACACUACCUCUUACCAUCUUGCUAAUACAUUCACGUUUGUUUAAAAAUAUUCUAGAUUAUAAGGAGAUGAUUAAAAGUCUUGUAAAGAAGCCAUAUUUUUUCCUGCACAGUUCAUAACUAGAUUGAAUCUAGUUGCAAUGUAUUUUUGUUUCAAUAUAUUGUACACAUGGGGAUGUUGCUCCAUAUGUUCUAUAGCCUAUUUUUCAAAAUGUAUUAAGACAGGAGAUGCACUUUAUAAUUAAGACUCCAUUGUGCCAAGUUCAGUUGGCUAAUUGGUUGAGAAAGGGGAGUUGCAGGGAAAGGAUUAUUGUAGUGCCUUUUUGUAUUUUACUUGUUCAUUACUGCAGAAUUUUGUUACAGUUCUCUGGGUCAGCUCUGUGGAAUCUUUGAUACAGCUUGUUUCUGUUCUUCCCUUAUUUACUGGAAGUGCCUUGUUUUAUUCUGUUUUUCCAAUAGGAAGAAUGCUGUUUUGUUUUAAUCUUUUUUUCACCAUAAACCGCCCACAUCGUUGUUUAAUGUUGUCAAUAUGCAGUGUCUUUGAGCUGGAGUUUUCAAAGGGAGCUUUGUACUUCAGGCUGUGCAUACAAUGACCUUUAUGCAGAACUGUAUAAAACCUGGUGAAAUAAAACUAUCGACAAAA